UCCCCACUCCUGGCAUAUCUAUGUACUGCGCUCCCUGCUCUGCAGUCCGGUCCGGUCUGCAGUCUGGUCCUAUCUGCUGUGCGCUCCCUGCCUUCUAUAUCCUGCCUUCUGUACUAUGUCCGCAGUCUCUGGUCAUCUCCUGUACUGUGUCCGCAGUCUCUGGUCAUCUCCUGUACUGUGUCCGCAGUCUCUGGUCAUCCCCUUUACUAUGUCCGCAGUUUCUGGUCAUCCCCUGUAGUAUGUCCGCAAUCUCUGGUCAUCUCCUGUACUGUCCGCAGUCUCUGGUCAUCUCCUGUACUAUGUUUGCAGUCUCUGGUCAUUUCCUGUACUAUGUCUGCAGU